AUGCCUGGAGGGAAUUUGCACUGCGCUGGAGGUAAUUUCCCCGGUCUGGGGACGCAUCCGAGGGAUGGAGCUCACUGCCGGCUCAGGCACACGUCCCACCGACUCCUGGUAACUCAGGAAGGCACACGAGCAACCCAAGGCCUUACCCAGGUCUGCGGGUCCCUGCCAGGGCAGCACCGACCCACCUCCGCGGCUGCACCCGCCCAGGUCCGCGCUGCGGCCCCGCUCUCCCCCGGGGCUUGGUGGGACAGCGCAUUCACCCCUCCGAGAGGAAACUCUGGGAAGGCAUCGGAGGAGACGCAGCGCUGCAGCGAUCCAGCCUGCUGCCUUUCGUCAUCAGGUGAAAAAAACCGCGUGAAAGGAGGACUCGGAUUCCAAGCGCUGCUGCCCGCAGGGUGGCCAGGUCUGAGGCUUUAUUACUCAGGGACACGCAGCCAGAGAUUCCUCUUGGAGAACUGGAACCAGCUCUGCCCGCGUUUACCCUGCCUUCUGCCCACACCGGCACCGCUGCCUUUAACAAGCUCCAAGCUCACACGAAGAGCUGAAGAAGGAAACGGCAGCAGAGCGUUUUCUGCAGCCUCUGGACGCGCACCCCGAAGUGCGGGGAACAGGCUGACGGCGACGCUGCCCUGUUCUGCCCCAAGACGGGGGAAGCGGGCAGGCGGCAGCAUUAACCACACGACUAGAACCGCGCGUUCUGGCCCCAGAUUUACUCCGAGUGUGCUAUGUCACCUAAGCCGUUCAACGCACUGCGCUGAGAGCAUCGGUAUCUCCCUCUGUGACAAUCAAUACAGGGAUAAUAACAAUCAGAUAAAUUACUGCCGGGUAAUGUUAGGGCUCGUGUUUGGGGAUCUCUUACUGAGAAAGAAAGGGUAGUAAGUAAAUACUGUUUGUGUUUACAUUCAUGUCUGUGUAUGUGUGUUCAUGUAUAUGUUAAUAUAUACGUGUGUGGUCACGCGUGUCUUACAAUGUGAAUACACAUACACACGGACACAUUGCUCUCUCUCUGCAACUCAUGAUUCGAAAGACCAGGUAAGGUUUAAAUGACCUCUUCCAGGAUCUGCCUGCCCAUCCCUAUUGUACUGCUCUUGAAUAGGCUCCCUUCUUUUCGUACAGAGCAGCAGCUGUCGAGCUCCGAGUCUUUUAUGGCGAGUUGUGGGAAAGCUUUUGUGACCCCAUUUCACAUGUUCUCCUCAAAGCUUGUGGAUUAUCUCUGAGCCCACGUAAUGCCACCUCUGAAACCAAUCUUCCGCUCCGUGUAUCCCUCUUGGGGAGAUUCUCUGAAACAGAAACUCCUGAGUAGUAACUAAUUUCCUGAGCUCAUUAAUCAAGCGCACGAAGAAGAAAUGUGCCAGUCCCGUGAUCAGCAGAGCCCACUAGCAGUUUUGCUAGAGACAGUUUCUGAUUAACUCCCUAACAGGCGGCUCUAAGAACAGCAAUAAUUUCCCCUUCCAGCACAAGCCAUAGAAACAGGCACUCCAGAUUUGGUCCAAGAAAGCUGUUCAGAGCGUCAGGUGCCUUCCCUGCAAUCACCCACAGUACACGUCACGAAACUAAGCCUGCUUCUCCGGAAUCUGUGCACUAUUGCAUUCCUGCAUCAUAGGACUUCUGUUUUGGGGGAGGACAAAUUAACUUUCCAUGAUAAAACUGUAGUAGAGCAGGUGUGGGACUUGGUCUGCCUUUGGCUUUCUUUGGGCACAUUCGCGGGCUCUGGCUGUUUCUGGGAUUUGCCGGGUGGUUCUGGAGAUGUGAGGGGCAGAGGUAAGAGCCCGGAGGGGCUGUCGCUGCCUGUGCUGGGGCAGCCAGCUGCAGCCCCUCAGCCGAUCCACAUCGGGCCGAAUGCAUUGCCACCCACUGCUGACUCCACCUGGGAUCUCUACAGCAGGAUUUUACACAUCAACCUCUUAUCUCGCCGCUCAGUACCCAGGGGAUUAUGAAGUUAACUCCAUGGGAACAGCCAUGCUAGCCUGAACCGCCUUACGCUCCUCCUCUUGGUAGAAAUGUCGCUUAAUUCACUAUUACAACAUUUAGUUCAAGUCAAAAGAGAAUGAAAACCUCUAUGUCCUUUCUCGCUCCAAGCAAGUAACUUCCACAUACCUUCUUCAAGGAAUGAGUUGUACAGGCUAAAAAUCCCUACUUGAUUUUUUCCAGGAUCCCAAGCACCCAGUCCUGUUCCGUGUCUGUUUACUGUGUGCGCGUGAGAUGCGAGGGACCUUUUUUCUCUCCUCCUGUUCAGCAAUUACACGGUGAGGCAUCGUCGCCGUAACCCAAGCCUUCAGACUUCCUGCCUUGAACUCUGCCCCGACUCAGCGGAGCGCGGGUCGGAGAGCAGGCGAAGCACACCGUGCUCCGUGCCCCACGCCGCGUGGAUGUGGCGAGACCCGUGAUGCCUGUAACCUCAGCUUAGCACCUGCGUGCUGGUCUGAGAGCAACGUGAGCUCCGGUCCCUUGUGAAAAACCCCAUAGUCCAGCAAAGGCAGCUAGAGAGGUGCUGGCAGGGACUCCAGGAGAGCUCCGCUGCCCAACAUUCGGCCAGCCCAAAGCCAAACGGGAAGGAGCAGGAGAGAGUUGUGCCAACGCUUUGCCCGACUGCACUGCGGUAGUGGUCGGGCACUUGGCACAGUCAAGGGGCCAGCGCUCAAAACUUCUUCUCCAUUAGGAUCCAACCUGACCUAAAGCUCGGUGCUGAGCAGGCUGAACGCUAAAUAUUAUUCUGUGGCCUGAGAAAUUCACUUAACUGUAGAGGCUG